AUGCGUGACGCUACGCAGCGGCGUGCUGAUGUCACCGAGAGCCGACGAGGAACAAACCCCAGGAAGGUUGUUUUUGGGGUCUUUCUUUUGCACCUUGGCAAAGCAGUGAAGGGAUUCAAGAAAACACACCUCACGGCCGAUGACUGCGAAGCUCUGGCACAAAGCAUGGAGGGUUCCUCCCCCCUGACGCAGCCCUUGGCUCAAAGACAAUGUACAGGAGAUGUAAACAGGGGCCUCUACCCCACCCAGCGAAAAAAGAGACGUCAAGGAGGCCAGGGUCAGCAGAAGAACAUCACUGAUUACUUCAGGGUCUCUCAGACAAAUGUAGGUGCCGGUAGGACAAAGAAGUGUGGAGUCAAAGAAGAAAUACUGGAUCUCUUCUUCCCUGAUGCUGAUGAUUCCUUCAGCAGUGUCUCCUCUGUUAUGGAGAUGAGCACUGAUUCCUCCUUUCAGGAGGAUGAGGACUUUGCACCAGCUCCCAGGGACCGCUUCAGAAAACGGCCUCUGUCCACUGCAUCUGCGGGUGUUCCCAAGCUGGAGCAGCAGCUGUGGGGUGAGCCCGAGGAGAAGCCAAUGGUGGUUCAUCCAGAACACAGGCAGGUCAAGCAGGAAUGCAGCCAGGUCAAGCAGGAACUUGAUGAUAUGGACAUUGAACCACUCCCUGAUGCACAUUAUGGUCUCCUGGGGACUCGGAACUGGGAAGUGCCUCAGGCAGGUAUUGAUGAGCUGCCUGUGGAGAUCCUGAGGAACAUCUUUGCUUUCCUACCAGUGACUGAUCUGUAUCAGAACCUGAGCCUGGUGUGUCACAGCUGGAGGGAGAUAGUCAAAGAUCCCCUGUUCAUUCCUUGGAAGAAGCUGUACCACCGGUACCUGAUGAAGGAGGACACAGCCCUGCACAGAGUUGAAAUCAUCUUGAGGGAUUUUGCCAUCACAAAGGAGAACAAAGAAUGUAUCUUGGGACUGGUCAGGUAUGUGUCUACCAUGCUUACUGGACAGAAGGUAAAUCCCAGUGCAGUUCUCCAGUGUCUGAGGAGUCACCACCUCUUCUCAAAGGCUGAAAUCUGCGUUGUCAGCAAGCUGCCACAUCUACACAGCAGGACAGAGGAGAACAUGUGGGCCAUGAUUGCAGUCAUGGUGCUUUUCUCUGACAGUGUCAGGGACAUCCAAAAGCUGAUGGCAUGUCUGCAGAGACCCUGCUCUACCCUCUCUGUCAUGGAGGUGACUGAGGUGCUUUACUGCAUGGCGACGCUGCUGCACGCCAUGAGAGACAGGAAGGUUGCCAUCACCAACAGGAUCCACUACAAUAUCUUCUACUGCUUGUAUCUGAUGGAAAACUCUUCUGCAACUACGCAGACAGUAGAAGAGGAAACGGUGAUUUCACGCUGCAGACAAGUCUUGUGGUCUGGGUGCUGUCCUGAAAUAAAGCUGACCCCUGAACAGCAAAGGAUUUUGAAUCACAAAAUUGAGCCUGGUCAGAUAGUGAAAAUUAUGGCAUUUGCAGGUACAGGGAAAACCUCAACCUUGGUCAAGUAUGCAGAGAAGUUUGCUGAUCUGAAUUUCCUUUAUGUGACCUUUAACAAAGCUGCUGCAGACAGAGGGAAAGCCAUGUUCCCCAGAAACGUUACCUGCAAGACUUUCCACUCAUUAGCAUUUGGAAGUGUUGGCAAAAAGUAUAAAGAAAAAGGCAAGCUGAACUUCUCCAAGAUGUCUGUCUACUCCAUCAGUUUCCUCAUCCAGUACCGUGAGGGACAGUCUCUGUUCGUAAGAGCAAAAACAGUCUCCAAGACCCUUGAGAACUUUUUUGCCUCUCCAGAUGAAGAGAUCUGUGAAGAGCACACUCCUGUUUUGUUCAAAAAUACUCAGGGCAACAUAAAGCUCGUCAGCCAAACAGAAAAGCAAAUCAAUGUGAAAGAGGCAAAAGAGAUAUGGCGGAACAUGAAGGAUCUGGAUGGAGAUGUAGAGAAGAAAUACAAACUACCUUGUGAUGGGUAUUUGAAACUUUGGCAGCUCAGCAAGCCUCAGCUCUCAGGAUAUGAUGCCAUUUUUGUUGAUGAAGCUCAGGACUGCACUCCAGCCAUCAUGGAUAUUGUGUGCUCGCAGACCUGUGGCAUCAUCCUCGUGGGAGACCCUCACCAGCUGAUCUACACCUUCCGAGGCGCCGUCAACACCUUCCACACAGUGCCUCACACCCACGUCUACUUCCUCACCCAGAGUUUCAGAUUUGGUCCUGAAAUAGCUUACAUUGGAGCAACCAUUCUGGAUGUCUGCAAGAAGAUCAGGAAUAAGACAUUAGUGGGUGGAAACCAGAAGGGUGAUGUCAGAGGCAGCAUGGAAGAGAAGUUUGCAGUCCUCUCACGUAGCAAUUUCAGUGUGUUUGAGAACGCGGUGAGGCUUACUGGAAGAGAGAGAGCGGUUAAAAUACACGUGAUUGGGGGGCUUGCCCGUUUUGGCCUGAGCAGAAUUCAUGACAUUUGGAAGCUCAGCCAGCCUGCAGAGGUACGGCAAAAAGCAAACCUUGUUAUAAAGGAUUCCUUCAUCAAAAGAUGGGAAGACACUGAGGGAUUCUUCGGUUUGAAGGAAUAUGCAGAGCAUGUUGAUGACAAAGACCUGGAAGUGAAGAUUGCAAUAGUGGAGAAAUACAAAGAGCGCAUCCCUGAGCUGGUGCAGAAGAUUGAGAGCAGCCACGUGUCACAAGAAAACAUGGCAGAAUAUGUGAUAGGAACUGUCCACCAAGCCAAAGGCCUGGAGUUUGAUACGGUGCUGCUUGCAGAUGACUUUGUGAAAGUACCCUGUCUCAGUGGUGAUCAACAGAGAACUACUAACUUCAGUAUUGACAUGUACCCUGAGGAUGAAUGGAACCUGCUCUAUGUAGCAGUGACACGGGCAAAGAAGUAUUUGCUCAUGUCACAGUCCCUGGAACAUCUUUUAGCCUUGGCUGGGGAGCGUUUCCUUCAGGUGGAGCUGAUGAGUGAAGCAAUGAAGGAUGGGGACACCAUCAUUUGUUCUGUGCCACAGUGUAAGGCAGCAGUGCAGCCCUUGUCCAGGCUGGUGGUGAAGAAGCUCCCUUUGAUCCAUAGCAAUGGCAGCAGGGACACUGGUGGCUACCUUUGCCACACUUGCACUCAGCAGCACUUUGGCUCUCUGGCACCACUCGCAUUUGUCCCAGCUCUUCAGGAACAGCCCAACCAGCUCUCAUGAAGCUCUCCAGCUCCUCAGAGCCAUGGCUGCAGCAUAGAGCCAUUCCAUGUGUGGGACAAGGCCUUUUGUCACAUCCCAGCUCCAAAAUCAGGUGGAUA